UAAUCUUCCCUUUCCUUCAUAUUUAUUCCAAUUAUGAUGCUUCGCCAUUUUCUUGUUUCGCCUUCAACCUAAAACCCCUAGUCCCAAAAAUGGAUUCAUAUAUAUCUUUAACGUAAAAGGAGAAAAAAAUCGAAAUUUCUAUCUUCAGCUUCAAUUUCUCAGGAAACGGAAAACCAGUAAAGUAUUGUUUGGAAAUUUGCAAUCCAAGUAAAUGCAAAAGUCGUGUCGUUUCAUUUCUCGCUUCCUUCGCUCCUCCAAGCACACUUCUUCCCCUAUCAUUGUUAACUCAUCGUUUAACAAUCUCUCCCAUUUUGAUUUUUUAAACCCCCGAAAUCAGAGCUUUUUCCAAUUUAGUCCCCAUACAACAAAUUCUGGGCAAGUCAGAGGUUUGAAACGUUGCGUUUUGCUGGGUUUUGUAUUGACCGCUGAUGAUCCCAUCUAUUAUCAGCAUCAUACACAUUUUUACUCUUCCCGUCGAAAAUUUUUCACGAGGGCUAAACAAAUAAAGAAGAUUGAAAUCAAUGAUCAGCACAGUCAACGUGCUGUUACAACUGCUUUAUGGUGCAACUUCCUUGUCUUUUCUCUCAAGUUUGGGGUCUGGUUAGCAACCUCUAGCCAUGUUAUGUUAGCUGAAAUGGUUCAUUCACUUGCAGAUUUUGCUAAUCAGGCACUGCUUGCUUAUGGUUUGAGUAGUUCAAGGCGUGCACCAGAUGCUUUGCAUCCGUAUGGCUAUUCCAAGGAAAGAUUUGUUUGGUCCUUGAUAUCUGCUGUUGGCAUAUUCUGUCUUGGUUCUGGUGCUACAAUUGUUCAUGGAGUUCAAAACCUAUGGAUAGCACAUCCCCCGGAUAAUAUUGAGUAUGCAGCUUUGGUGAUAGGCGGCUCAUUUAUAAUUGAAGGUGCUUCUCUUGUUGUUGCCAUUCAAGCUGUCAAGAAAGGUGCAGCAACGGAGGGGAUGAAAGUGAAGGACUAUGUCUGGCGUGGCCAUGAUCCUACAUCUGUUGCAGUCAUGACAGAGGAUGGCGCUGCAGUAACUGGCCUGGCUAUAGCUGCAGCAUCACUGGUUGCAGUGAAGACAACUGGGAAUGCCAUGUAUGAUCCCAUAGGUUCCAUUAUAGUUGGCAACCUUCUUGGAAUGGUCGCAAUAUUUCUCAUCCAGCGCAACCGGCAUGCCUUGAUAGGGAGAGCAAUUGAUGAACAUGAUAUGCAGAAGGUUCUCCAUUUCUUGAAAAAUGAUCCGGUUGUAGAUGCUUUAUAUGAUUGCAAGAGUGAGGUGAUUGGACCUGGGUUCUUCCGAUUCAAGGCAGAGAUUGAUUUCAAUGGAGUGGUGGUUGUGCAAAAUUAUCUCAACAGAACAGGACGUGAAGAGUGGGCGAGACAGUUUCGAGAAUCUGCGAAGGAGAAAGAUGAUGCCGCAUUGCUAAAGAUCAUGUCCAAUUAUGGUGAGGAAGUAGUCACAGCUUUAGGAAGUGAAGUUGAUAGACUCGAAAAGGAGAUCCAAGAACUUGUUCCCGGCAUUCGGCAUGUUGAUAUUGAAGCCCACAACCCCAUAGACCUACCUUCAUGAUCCCAGAUUUUGUACGGGCAUUAUUUCCACCGUAUAUUUUUACAUAUCUAAUGGACGUAAAAAAUUGCAAUUAAGUAAGAUGUCACUUUGUCAUUCAAAUUAUAGCGAUAAUUACAGGAUUAUCGUUAUAUUUAUGAUUACAGAUUGUAACCUGUGAAUAGUGAUGUUUGAGUUUGAAAAGGAAGUGCUAUUCUUAGAAA